AUGUCUUCGAAGAACAGAAAACGGUCCAACCGGAACUCCGACCGGGGUUCGCCCUCGCCCUCCAUGGCUCACUCUCGGGCAGGGGCCUCGGCUGCUUGUCCCGAAGCCGGCUUCGCAGCGGCAACAGGGACUCUGGCGGUGAUCAACUUCCUAGAAAAGGAUGACAAAGUUCCUAAAAAGUUCCAGAAUUCCCUUGUUCAGCUCGGAGUUGGCACUAUGAAGUCUGCAAAUAUAACUAUUGGCCGACCAGUGCUGCUUACCCGUUUACAUGGAAAACGAGAGGUCUGUGUGUCCUGGCCUGUAUCAGGAUUUCCCGGAGGCAAGGUUGGCCUGAGUGACACAGCACAGAAGAAUGCGGGUGUCCAAGUUGGUGAUGCCAUCCAUGUCCAGCCUCUUUUGGGUGCUGUGCUACAGGCUGAGGAAAUGGACGUGGCACUCAGUGACAAUGUGGAUGUUAAUGAAGAACAAUCGGCUGGUUGUCUUCUGAGAAAACUAGAUGACAAGAUUGUUUAACCAGGCAACUUUCUAUACAUUACAUUCUAUGGACGACCAUGCAGGUUGCAAAUAUUGCGAGUAAAAGGUGCAGAUGGCAUGAUACUGAGAAGGCUUCAGAGUGACUCUGAUACUGCUGCUCAGGGAAUGGCCUCAAAACGGUCCAGCAUAGAAGCCAGUACCCUCGAUAUGUCCUUACAGUUAAGCCAGUUGGAUCUGGAAGAGCCUCGGGUCCCACCAUCAAGCAGUACUCCCUGCAAACCAGUAGAUGACAGAAAGAUAAAUAAAACUGGUGACAGUUUGUCAAAUGUCACACAGAGUCCUGGUGGCAGCAGUGGGCUUGGGCCAGAGGAAGUUACAGGUCUUGAAUGUAGCUUUGCGUCUGCCAGAGGAGGAAAUGAGUACCUUAUCAAUGAAGAGAGAUUCCUAAAGCCAGCCAAUCUGGGAGCAAAGUGCAGCACUGAUACUUUCUACUUCAUUUCUUCAACAACGAGAGUCAAUUUUACAAAAAUUGGUACAAAUUCAAAAGAGCAAGACAACCAGUUCAAAGUAACUUACGAUGUGAUAGGAGGCUUAAAUGGUCAGCUGAAAGCAAUUAGAGAAAUAAUUGAACUUCCUCUCAAGCAGCUUGAACUAUUCAAGAGUUACGGAAUUCCUCCCCCUAGAGGAGUGUUACUGUAUGGCCCUCCAGGUACUGGAAAGACAAUGAUUGCCAGGGCUAUUGCUAAUGAAGUUGGAGCCUAUGUCUCUGUAAUAAAUGGUCCUGAAAUUAUAAGCAAAUUCUAUGGGGAAACUGAAGCAAGGUUACGUCAGAUAUUUGUUGAAGCCACUCUGCGGCAUCCAUCAAUUAUUUUUAUUGAUGAGCUGGAUGCACUUUGCCCAAAAAGAAGGGGCUCAGAAUGAAAGAAAAGAGUUGUAGCUUCACUGCUAACACUGAUGGAUGGUAUUGGUUCAGAAGGAAGUGAAGGACAGGUAUUAGUUAUUGGGGCCACAAAUCGUCCUCAUGCUUUGGAUGCUGCACUCCGCCGACCUGGACGAUUUGCUAAAGAGGUUGAGAUUGGAGUCCCUAAUGCUCAGGGCCGGCUAGAUGUACUUCGGAAACUGCUUCGAAAGGCACCGCAUGUACUCACGGAAGCCGAGCUGCUACAGUUAGCAAACAAUGCACAUGGAUACGUUGGAGCAGACUUGAAAGCCUUGUGUAGUGAAUCAGGUCUCAGUGCCUUCCGGAGAGUCCUGAAGAAACAGCCCAACCUCCCUGACCGCAAGGUGGCUGCGUUGGUGAAGAUUACUCUGAAUGAUUUCUUGCAGGGAAUGAAUGACGCCCGGCCCAGUGCCACGAGGGAGGUUGCAGUUGAUGUCCCAAGUGUAUCCUGGUCAGAUGUAGGAGGACUGGAAAAUAUCAAACUGAAAUUGAAACAGGCUGUGGAAUGGCCCUUGAAACAUCCGGAGUCUUUCACCCGAAUGGGGAUGCAGCCACCUAAAGGAGUUCUUCUGUAUGGGCCACCUGGCUGCUCUAAAACGAUGAUUGCAAAGGCUUUGGCCAAUGAAAGUGGACUGAAUUUUCUAGCAAUAAAGGGGCCUUAAUUAAUGAAUAAAUAUGUUGGUGAAUCUGAAAGAGCCAU